AUGACCGGCCCGUCGUAUUUCCCCCUACUGUACCUGUUGGUUUCUUUGUUCAACAUCUUCACGCACGCUGCAACCUAUCAAGGUGGGUUUGAAGGUCGUUUUUGGGGUUGGGAUUUUUGAAAAAUUUGCAUAUUGGGAUGACGUCAUUUUAUGACGUUGACUUUUUUCUUGAGUUUUUAUUGCGGGAAUUGGCUGAAUUCUUGAAGAAAUAGUAAAAUUAGCCGUUAUUUUUGUUAAUUUUGGGGAAAUUUGAAUAUUUCUGAGGAAAAUUUGCAUAUUUUAAAAAAAAUUUUUUUUGAAAAAACAGCAUUUUUAACGUCAAAAAAUUUCUUUUUGUAUUUGUAUGGCCUUAUCAACUUUUUAAAUGACUAAUUUUUGCAUAAUUUACCGGAAAUUUGCAUAUUCAUAAAAUUUGAAUAUUCAAAUUUUUUCAAAUUUCCCACAAAAUUAAAUUUAAAUGACGUUUUUGCCCUUUCCAUUCACUAAUUAUGCCCCUAAUCGUCAAUAAAUCUCGCACGUAAUCUCGUAUUCCCUCAGUUUUUUCUCUCCAAUUUACCCCAACAUUGCCAAAAAUACCGCCGAAUUUUGACGCUCCGUGGGUUGUAUUACUACUUUUUUUUGAUGAGCAUAUCGAAUUACGAGUGGGAGGAUGACCUAAUCCAGUCGAAUAUUAGAUUAAAGAUAUAGAAAAUCUCGGGAAAUGGGGAGAUAAUCAAAAAUUCCGGGAUUUGAGCGAUUUUUUGAGGAUUGAUGACUAAAAUAAGGUGAAAAAUGAUGAAUUAAGACAAUUUAACACAAUUUUUUGAUGUUUUAUAGCGUUUUAUUGGAUCAGCAUGCUCUAUUGAGUAGCUGAGAAUAGCAAACUGCCCGGAAGUAUUUUAUUUUUUUUUUUCGAUUUUUCGACAAUUUUUCCCUUUUUCGGCCAUUUUGAACUAAAGUAAGGUCAAAGUCGCUUGUUUUUCCCCCCAAUUUUAUCCGCCUAAAGUGCUAUUCACUUGGCGUUUUAUCCGUUUAAACCCUACGUCAGCAUAAUUGCAUUUAAAUCCGGGAAUUCUGGCGUAAGCGGAAGGAAUUUUCCCGUUUGUUUCCUCGAUGAAAUCACUUUUUGACGUCUGAAUUUUUUGAGGAAACAUUUUCCUUUUUUCAUCCCAGAUUAUCUUUGCUAUCCCCUCUGAGUGCUUCAGUGAGUUAUUCGAUGGGAUUAAUAAGCCACUUAUGAGAGGGAUUACUGUAAUUUUUUGGGGAAAAAAGGGAAAUUUUUUGUAAUUUUUUUAAUUUUUCUUGCGGAAUAAAAAUGUUUUGAGAUCGAAAAAUUAUUUUAAAAAUAUUUUUGAGAGGGUUACUGUAAUUUUUUGCGAAAAAAAAUUUAAAAAAAAAUUUGCGAAUUUUUGAAAUUUUUGGAUUUUUUUUUGAUUUUUUAGCGAAAUAAAAUUUUUAGAAGCUCAGAAAAAUUGAAAAAAUUAUUUAGAAGAGAGAUUACUGUAAUUUUUUGCAAAAAAAAUAAAAAAAUUUUUCGGAAUUUUUUAAUUUUUUUGGAAGUUUUUGAUUUUUUUUGCGAAAUAAAAUGUUUUGAAGCUCAAAAAAUUCUUUUUAAAUAUUUACAAAAUUGAUUACUGUAAUUUUUCGCAAAAAAAAUCAAAAAAAAUUUUGAGAUUUUUAAAAUUUUUUUUUCAAAAAAAAAAUUUUUGUCCUCAAAAAAUACGUUUUUAAUAUUUUUCGCUCUCCCUUCCCCUAUUUUUUAAUCCGUUCACAGAACUGGAACGCCAACUUCCGCCAACGACCAUGAAUAAUAUCCGGCGCCAAAAAAGAGCGUUCAAAUUGGAGAGAGGGGCAGAGAAAUUUUUAAUGACAUGAAAUCAGCGGGGUUCAUCGUAAUUUUGUAGGCCAAGUUUGUCAAAUUCAUUUUGAAUUUUUUGCGAAAAACAAAUUUUUUCCCGAUUUCUGUCUGAUUAAGUUAAUUUUAGGCCCAAAAAUGUGGGUUUCUGGGGAAAACUUGGGAUGUUUACUACUUGAGUCACUUCCAAAUCCAAUUUUUCGGUAUUUCCAAGGCUUUUUGACUUGUUAAAUAGAAUUUAAAGCAAUCCAUUUGUCGCUGGAAACCUAUUAACCCCUCGAAAAUUGGUCUCGACAUGUGACAAUCGCAUUUUUUUGGACAAUAAAAAAUUUUUUUUUUUUGUUUUUAUCUCCCCCCAUAUACUGCCCUAUAACCCCAAUACAAGUGCUGUCUGUGUGGUUGUUAACGUGUAGGCUUGUUUUUGGGGCCGUUUCCGGCCGAAAGAACAAUUUAUGGGAAUGUCGGGGGUGCGGGUCCCGAGGGUCCGCACAAACGCUUCCUAGAUGAUGCGUUACAACCAAAUGGGAGAGGGGAGAUGAAUUUAGAACGGAUAUAAAUAGUAAUGGGAGUAUUUUUAAAAGUACAUUAAAAAUUUUUUGCACUGUGCGAAAUUCGAAAUUUUUUUCGCAUAGUGCGGUCGGAAAGAAAGUUUUUUUGCACAGUGCAAAAUUUGAAAAAGUUUUUUUGCACAGUGCGGUCGGAAAGAAAGUUUUUUUGCACAGUGCAAAAUUUGAAAAAGUUUUUUUGCACAGUGCGGUCGGAAAGAAAGUUUUUUGCACAGUGCGGUCGGAAAGAAAGUUUUUUGCACAGUACAAAAUUUGAAAAAAUUUUUUUGCACAGUGCGAAAUUUGAAAAAAUUUUUUGCACUGUGCGAAAUUCGAAAAAAUUUUUUGCACAGUGCGGUCGGAAAGAAAGUUUUUUGCACAGUACAAAAUUUGAAAAAAUUUUUUUGCACAGUGCGGUCGGAAAGAAAGUUUUUUUGCACUGUGCAAAAUUUGAAAUUUUUUUUUGCACUGUGCAAAAUUCAGAUUUUUUUUUCGCACAGUGCGGUCGGAAAAAAAAUUUUUUGCACUGUGCAAAAUUUGAAAAAAUGUUUUUGCACUGUGCGAAAUUCGAAAUUUUUUUUGCACAGUGCGGUCGGAAAGAAAGUUUUUUGCACUGUGCAAAAUCUUUGUGGUUUGCACAGUGCGGAGAGGUCAAAAAAGUUUUGCACCGUGCGGAUGUUUCUUGAAUCUUUUGCACUGUGCAGUCAGGAAAUUUUUUCUUUUUUUUUUCUCAAUUUUGCACGGUGCGGUCGGAAAAAGAGUUUUUUUGCACAGUGCAAAAAAAUUUUUUUGUUCCGCACAGUGCAAAAUUUAUUUUUUUUUGCACAGUGCAGCCAGAAAAAAAUUUUGCACAGUGCAAAAAUUUUUUGCCUUUUGCACAGUGCAAAAAUUCUUUUCUUUGUUUUUCCUCACCAUGCGCGAGAAAAUUUGUUUUUGCCGUGGAUGGCAUUAUUUUCAACGCUUAAUAUUCCAUAUAGUAUGCGCUGUGAAAUCGACUAUAGUCGUUUUUGUUUACCGCUUUGGCCAAUCUGACGCGUUGAUUCGAUUAUCCGGCCCAAUUUCCGUUUUUUGGGCCGAUUUAAUUUGAGUUGCCCCCAAAAAACAGUCCAAAACCCAAUGUUCUUUCAUCCGUGCGAUGAGAAAACAUUGGGGUUUUGUUCAAUUAGCUCAUAUCGCAGACCGUUUUUAUUAAUUUUAUUGCGAAACAACGCCUUCUGAAUAUUUCAUGUUUCCGGGUGAAUUAUGCAAACAAAAAAAUGACGUGAAAAAACGUCACUCCGACUUUCUUCCCCCACUUGCCUCGCUUUUCGGCCGCCUUUUUGGGAGAUGUUGUUCGGCCCUCGGCCGAUAUUUUUGGAUGCAUUCCACGUCAGGCUUGGAAACGGAUAAAUAAAGAUACGAAAUGACAAAUCUGCAAAGAAACGGAACCAUUUUUUGAAGACAACGUCAUGGAAACAUUGUAAAUAGCAAUAUUGUAAAGCGUAUGGGGGUGUUUGGGUUCGAUAUCUCGUCAUUUCCCAUUGCACAGUGCAAAGAGUUCAUUGAGGCUGCACAGUGCGGAAUUUUUGGUGACUGCACAGUGCGGAAAAAUAUUUUGUGCGGAAAAAUAUUUUUCCGCACUGUGCAACAUUUUUUGAGAUCGCACAGUGCAAAAAAAAAAUUUUUUUGUGUCGCCGCCGCACAGUGCAAAAGAAUCUUUUCACUUCCUGUCGCUGCGCAGUCCGCACUGUGCACUAUUUCUUUCUAUUGCACGGUGCAAAAAAAAACAUUUUUUGUCGCCGUCGCACAGUGCAAAAGUUUCUUUUCACUGCACUGUGCAAAAAAUUCCUUUCCUCACUGUGCAACAUUUUUUGGCAUUGCACAGUGCGAAACAACCUUUUGUCGCCGCUGCACAGUGCAAAAAUUUUUUGUCGCAGCUGCACAGUGCAAACAAAUCUUUUUCCGCACUGUGCAACAUUUCUGUUCUAUUGCACUGUGCGGAAAGAUUGUUUUAUCGCAGCCGCACUGUGCAAAAAGAAAGACUUUUUUGUCGUGCUGCACCGUGCAAAGAAAUCUUCUUUCAGCUCUGUGCAAAAAUUUUUUGUCGCGGCUGCACUGUGCAAAAAUUUUUUUGUCGCCUCCGCAUAGUGCAAAAAUUUUUUGUCGCGGCUGCACUGUGCAAAAUUUUUUGUCGUGGCUGCACUGUGCAAAAAUUUUUUUGUCGCCUCCGCACAGUGCAAAAAUUUUUUGUCGCAGCUGCACAGUGCAAAAUUUUUUUUUGUCGCCUCCGCACAGUGCAAAAAAAAUCCUUCCUCCGCACCGUGCAAAACACUGAUCUCAUCUCUGCACAGUGCAGUCCGCCAAAAAAACUUUUUGUUUCCAAAGAUAAUUGGCCUCAAUUUUUGGUGUAACACAUACGUCAUUUGAGUUUCCUGUCCCUCCAAAUUUGCUUCUCGAACGUUCUCUUCUACAAUCUCGCUAAAUGAGUGCAUUUUUGGGGGGAUUUAGGUGUAAUCUACAUCAUUACAUAUGUAGUACAUUUUUUGAUAUUUUGAAAGUUUACAUCAACAUUUGCUGCAGAAUAACGUCUGGUCUGACCAUAUGAACUCGAAAAUUUGUAAUGAAGACUAAAUUUCAGUUAAUUUUUAGUCAUCAUUUUUGGUCUUCGCCUCAAAUUUAGCCCAUUUUAUUACACAACAAAAAAACAAAGAGUUUCGAACUUUUUUGUUCGUAAAAAUGACAUUUAGAGCCCACAAAGCCGGCUCAACAUGCAUUAUACAUGAACCUUAAGGACCAACGAACAAUAGAAGCUUUUGCCCUCCGGGCGACUAGACAAUAACAUUCUCAGAAAAUUGAACUUUUUACAAAUUUUUUUGUUUAUAACCAAGUCCAAAAUGUAAUUAGACUAUUGUCGGCGCCGUGAUAUGCCCUUUACAAACUUUUGCGGCCGGAAAACUACUGUAAUCUGAGCGGAGAUUUGGAAAAGUUUAGCAAAAAAUGCAUCUAGUUUGAAAAUACAGUAAUUUUUCGACUGAGACCCAUCAGGAAAUUGCAUGUUGUGUGCGAUGCAGAUCAUCUCCAGACUGCGUGGGAUCCCAUGAAUAACAAAUGAGACGCUUUUAGGGCCGCAGGAAGCCCGUUUUUUCAGACAAGGAUAAGAUAAACCGCGAUUUUUGAGAAAACAGUGGGUGGAGGGCUAAAACUAGACUUCAUACAGUCAUCUGUAAGCGUCAUUGUGUCUAAAUAAUACAUUCAUUACGAUUUUAUAGCUUUGACGUAAGAAGCAGUUUGAAAUUUGGACAUCAGAUGUCAUGUGUAAUAUAAAGAAAUGGUCGUAGGAGGAAACUGAAGUAAAAUAAAUUGGAUUGAGUGUUACCACAUAAAAAUAGAUGUCACUGCGCUAACAAAACGUCAAGAAUUCAGCGAAUACAUGCAUGAUAUUAUACAUAAACUUCAAUUUAAAAAUAACCCAUCAGAUCUCAAGUACAAUACAAAAAUCAUCGAAAAUCUUUGCAGGAUGCCUCUUGGAUGAAACUCUCUGUCAACCCAAUGAAGCGUGCAUAUCGGACGGCCUGUUUGGCCAAUGUUACGAUCAGUCCACCAUCGACACUCCGCCGCUUUUGCUCGACAAUGACCUGAGCCUGCCGCAACGUGCCCUCCUCCGCCUGGAGCUGGAGCGUUUGGCGAACGAGGGCUUCGACUGGCAAGACGCGAUGGCGCAGUGCAUCCUCGCUUACUUCAAGGUCUCCGUGGCCUACGAUCUGAGCUACGACACCGAGUUCUGCAAUGUCCGCAACCCGGCCAAUGUUCUGCGUUUGAUCAAUGUAAGCGAUGACGAAAUCAAUAUUUUUUGUGGUUUUAUAUGGCUACAUAGACUUCUCAAACCCUUCAAAAUCCCCGUUAUAUCAUUUUAGUCCAUUAAAAAUCCAAUUUCUUAAUUAUCCCGCUGCACGGUGCAAUAAAUCAUUUUUUCAAUAUCAUUCACCGUGCAGUCCAUUUCAGGCUAAAAUGUCUGGGCCAUGCAACGAGGAAAUGAUCGAUUUUUAUCAUGUACAUAGCAGUUAGUGUCUUUUCAACACAUUAAAAAAAUUAAAAGCAAUUUUGAGUCCGUUGCACUGUGCAAUAAGCAUUUUAUUUUUUCGCACAGUGCAAUGACUCAAUUGCAAAAAAUCGAAGGCGAUUGCAUUUUUUACAGUGUAAAAGAGGUAUAAAAAUUUUUUGGAGGUUCUGAAGUUGUUUUUACUUCAGUUUAGAUAUCAAUUUUCCGGCGGGUUUGGUUUUUAUCCCCCUUUUUUUCAUUCUAAAUUCCUCAUGAGUAACACCGCAAACAUGGUCAAUAAUACGAUCGUAUUACAGCGAAUCGAGACCUUCCUGAACAACGAGGAGGUGACGGACGAAGAGCGACGUCAACGCGCGCACGAAUACAUUUUGGCAGAUGGGGCGCAGCCCGCUGACGAGGUGUCCAUUGAGAACCUGCCCGACGCCGUCAACGACGCCGUGCCGGCCUCGGAAGACCAAUUCAACGCCGAGAAGGCGCUGUUGGUCGACGAGGAGACCGGCGAAGCCGUCCCGGUCCUGGUCUUCGACGAGGACGAGCUGGAGAACGCGCUGCAGCAAGAAGCGGAACUCGAGAACGCCGCCGAGGAGCUGGCCAGCGACGGGCCAGUGCUGGUGCUGAGCGACGACGAAGCUGAUGCGUUGGAACAAGCGUUGGAGAAGGCGGGCGUUAGUGAUGCGGAUGAAGCCAAGAGCGUCAUCGAGAAGGCGUUACAGCAGCUGAAUGGGACCGCCAUUACCGAGCCGCUGCGCAAGGAGGAGACGGAAGUUGACGAGGGAAAAGGUAUGAAAUUGAGGGGAAAAAUGAUUUUUUUGAGGGAAAUUAUCGAUUUUUAUGACUUCUUUGACAAUUUUUAACAAUUUUAUGCGAUUUAAAAAAAAAUUUCUUUUGAAAAAACGAAAUAUGCAAAUUAUGAAAUUUGCAUAGAUUAAGAAAAAUUUGCAUAAAAUUUUAAUUUUUGAUGAAAAUUAUUUUCGAAUCAACUUCUUUUUCAUAAAGUUUGUAUAUUUCAAAAAAUUUUUGCAAUAUGCAAAUUUUGAAAUUUGCAUAAAUUAAGAAAAAUUUGCAUAAAAGUUUUAGUAAUUUUCGCUAGAAAUUAUUUUAAAACUAAAAAUCGAAAUUUCCACCUUUAUUUUUAGUUUUUUGCUUCCAAAUUCCCUAGAAACCAUUGACGUGUUCCGCUUUCGUCAUUAGUUGACAUUUCAUUCAAAUUUCGGACCAAAAACGGCCGAAAAAAUUUGUUUUCACCGUUUCCUUUCACUGACGUUAGCAGACCGAAACAUUGCGGUGAAAGUUUCAAUGAAACGGUUAAUUCGCCUCAGGGAAUAAUACGUCUGCAUGCUUGGACGAUAAGAGUAAUGCCCUGAGGGCAAUUAGAGAGGAAAUUGGGGAUGAAAAAAAUAAAAAAAAAUAAAAAAAAUUUUCUUUAGAAAAACGCUCCGCCGACGAAAACAAGCUCAGCAACAACGAACAAAAAGAGCUGAAACAGUUCGUUGAUGACAUUUUGGAGACCAAAAAGACCGACAUCAAGAAAUUGAGCACCUCGCAGAUCGAGAAAUUGAUCGGAUUUGUUGUCCAACUGCAGGAGAAUUUGGAGAACACCGUCUUGGAGGACCCUCAACCAACCCAAAUCGAGACCAACGCCGAAUUGGAGGAGAUUGUUCCGCUGAAUUCGGAUCAUGAUGGGCAACAAUUGUUGUUGAAGAAGGACAUCGAGAAGUUUGUGGAUGAGGAUAUGGGUAAGGAAAGAAAUUUUGAGGAGAAAUUUGAAUAUGCAAAUUUUUCGAAAAAAAUUUGAAUAUGCAAAUUUUCAAAAAAAAAUUUCUUUUGAAUAUUCAAAUUUUUUGAAAAAAAUUUGAAUAUGCAAAUUUUCAAAAAAAAAUUGAAUAUGCAAAUUUAAAAAAAAAUUUAAUAUGCUAAUUUUUGAAAAAGUUUUUUUGAAUAUGCAAAUUUUUUUUUAAUUUCCCGUUUUCCCCCUCUCUGCACCGUGCAAAAUCAAAAAAUUCUCCUGCACUGUGCGCUUCGAAUCACUUUUGUUUUUUUGCACUGUGCAGCAAACAAAUUUGUCGCAAUGAACGCACAGUGCGAAAAAUUUGCGACAACGAAAUCUUUUGCACAGUGCAAAACCAAAAAAUAUGAACUGCACUGUGCAAACAAAAAAGCCUCUUCAUUUUUUCGCACAGUGCGGAGAUUUUGCGACGUCUCAAGUUGACUGCACCGUGCAGUCAACAAAUUUGUUUCUCCGCACUGUGCAAUCUUCAAAUUGGUUUUUUCGCACCGUGCAAAAUCAAAGAUAAUUUCCGCGCACGGUGCAAUGUAAUUUGCGUAUAAUCCCGAAUCCCCAAAGUGCAUGUAAUUACCAUAUUAGCCAAUUUACAUCACAAUACGGAGUUUUUUCUCGUGACCAACUGCUAAUUGUUGUUAGGGUUCAUUUCGCGACAAAAAGAACGAACGCUUCGAGUGAAACGAACUAAUUCAGUAAAGAUAUGGCUGUUUUUCGAGUAAAUACUUACAAAACUUUCAUGAAAACCUUAUUUUAACGUGUUCCGAGGCUUGUUUACGUCUCCAGAUUUAAAAUCGGGCUUAAUGCCCUGAGGGCAUCAAAUUGAAUUUCGUGGGAAAAUGGAAGUAGAGCUUGAGAAAAGACAAUAGAGGCUCAAAAAAAAUUUUUUUGUCGAAAAAUGAUGUCAUUUUUGGACUGCACUGUGCAAAAAAAUCAAAAUAAUUUUUUGCACCGUGCGGUAAAAAAAUGAUUUUUCUUUUAUUUUUUUUGGCUAGAACAAUAAAAAAAAAUUCAAAAAAAUCUCAUUUUCAGGUCUCGCUGAUGUUGAGCACAAGAUCGUCAAAGGCGACAUCCAACGAGUCGAAGGCAACCGCGUCUAUUUGAAGGUCGGCCGAGAGAACAUCACCGAAGACGAGCUGUACAAACUCGUCUCCUUCUUGGAUGAGAAAAUCGCCACCCCCAACAACCUCUACUUCAACGACUUCCAAUACGAUGACGGACAAUUGAGCUUCCGAAUCUCGAGAAUUGACGACUUCUACAAGCAGAACGACAAACGAGUCGCUAGUGCAAGCGGUGUGGCCCAAGCAGUGUGUAAGUCAAGUUUUGAGAGUUUUGGGACUGCAUUGCGCGGUUUAAGGAAAGUUUUUUUUGUAUUGCACAGUGCAAAAAAUUAUAUUUUUUUUUCAUUUUGCACAGUGCGAAAAAUUAUUUUUUCAUUUUGCACAGUGCGAAAAAUUUUUUUUUUUCAUUUUGCACAGUGCAAUAAAAUUUUUUUUUCAUUUUGCACAGUGCGAUUGAAAAAUUUUCAAGAUCGCACAGUGCAAUCAAACAAUUUUUUUAUUGCACCGUGCAACUGAAAAAAAUCGAAAAAAACUACUUGCCGCACAGUGCAGUGAAGAAAUUUUUUUUUGAUUUUGCACGGUGCAAUCGAAAAAUUUUCAAGAUCGCACCGUGCAAUAACGAAAUUUUAUUUAUUGCACCGUGCGAUCGAAAAAUUUUCAAGAUCGCACCGUGCAAUAUAAAGAAUUUUUUGGUUGCACAGUGCAAUCAAAUUUUUUUGACCGCACAGUGCAAUCAAAAGAAAUUUUCCGUCCGCACGGUGCAGUCGCAAAAAUUUUUUUUUGGCUUUGCACAGUGCGAUCUGAAGAGCGAUUUUCUAGAUCGCACAGUGCAAUCAAAAGAAAAUUUUCCGUCUGCACCGUGCAGAAACAAAAAUUUUUUCUGCACUGUGCAUUUUUUUCAAAAUUCAAUUUUCUUUUUUUUGUGCUAAAACCUAUCAAACAUUCAAAUUUUUUUUUCAAAAUUUCAAAUAUCGCUUUUCAGACAAACGCCGAAAGGACAUCCAAACGUUGGCUGGGGUCAAGGUCGACGAGACUGGAAUCGGCUCCGGUGUGGAUGUGGUCCCGGUGGAGAAAUCCGGCCGUGACUGGCUGUUCAUGCCCAUUCUGGCCAUCUGCGCGUUCACAAUCACUUCCCUGGUCGCGGUUUUGGCUGUUCAUUUGAUCCGAAAUCGGCGCCGCAGCUACAAGGGAAGCAAUUUCCCGGAGGUUGUGGAUUGUCUGGAUGGAAAGGCUUCGUAUGAGGUGAGUUUUGGGAUGGGUUUACGUUAUUUUUUCGGGUGAAAUUACAUUUUUUGGAGUUUCAAAAAUUUUCGAAAAAAAAAUUUUUGCACAGUGCAGAAAUUUUUUUUCAGCUGCACAGUGCGAAAAAAUUUUUUUUGGCGCACAGUGCAAAAAUUUUCUUUUUUUUUUGACUGCACAGUGCAGUCCAAUAGGUUAGAUUGCACUGUGCGGUCGGCAAUUUUUUUUUCACUGUGCAGAAAUUUUUUUUUAACUGCACAGUGCGGAAAAUUUUUUUUGGCGCACAGUGCAAAAAUUUUCUAUUUUUUUUUUUUUUUGAUUGCACAGUGCAGUCCAAUAGGCUUGAUUGCACUGUGCGGUCGGCAAUUUGAAAAAAUUAUUUGUCGCACAGUGCAAAAAAAUUUCUUUGACUGCACGGUGCGACCAAACAUUAUAGUUUGGAUUGCACUGUGCGAUCGACAUUAUUUUUGCACAGUGCAAAAAUUUUUUUGGAUUGCACGGUGCGACCAAAAAAAAUUUGCACUGUGCAACAAAAAAAAAAUAGUUUGGCGCACAGUGCCAAAAGAAAUUUAUUUGACUGCACGGUGCGACCAAAAAAUUCAGAUUGCACUGUGCGGCCGACAAUUUUUUCGCACAGUGCAAAAAAUUUUCUCCGAAAAUUUUUGCCGAUUUACGCCUAAAAUUUCAAUUUUCAGGAGCUGUGCCGUCAACGGAUGACCUACCAAGACCCUGUUGGGACCAGUGUUGGAGUUGGAAAAUCAGCCUCGACCUCUUCCUGGUAAGUUUUCAUAAUUUUAUCUAUUACCGGCCAAGUAUAAUAUAAAAACAUACCGUACAAACCCAAAACCUUCAUUUUUUCAUCCUGCACCCAACGUAUGUUGGUCUUGGGAGUGCAUGCAUAAUAGAAACAUCUAUAUAGUCCCAUGGAAGUAUCAUUUUGCAUGCGAAAACAGCCUUUUCAUCCGUUUUUCGUAUAAAAAAUCCGAAAGAAUCAAAAAUUCAGUAAUUUUCUUGAUAUACUCGGCCCUUUCACCUGCCCACAUCUCCGAGAACUCGUGGAAUAUGCAAUUUUUGUGCGGAAUGACGGGGAAUUUGGAUAAAUUAUGCAACUGUGAUAUGACUCGGUGCAACUUAAAUUUUGAAUUUUUAGGCCCGACGAGGCGCUUCUGCAGUCCUGCAAUUUGGAUAUCUCGACUGGACAUGUGAUUCUGGUGAGUUUUGAGGCCAAAAAAUUUGAAUAUGCAAAUUUUUAAAUUUGCGUAAAUUAAAGAGAAUUUGCAUAAAAUUUUAAUUUUUGAUAGAAAUGAUAUUUGAAUUAAUUAUUUUUUUUCUCAAAAAUUUGAAUAUUCAAAUUUUUGGAAUAUGCAAAUUUUUAAAUUUGCAUAAUUUUUUUGUAAUUUUUGCUAAAAAUGAUUUUCAAAUGAAUUAAAUUUUUUCUCAAAAAAUUUGCAUAUUCAAAGUUUUUUUGUAAUAUUCAAAUUCCCAAAAUUAAAUAUUCAAAUUUCCCAAAAUUUCAGUCAUUCCUCCAAGAGUACCUGGACACCCCCGAGAAGAUCGAAGAGCAAUGGAACAGUGUCGCCGACUACCGCAAUCUCCACGCCGAGACUACCAUUGGCCAGAGAGAGGAGAACCAAUCGAAGAACCUGGACCCCGCCAUCUUGCCCUACGACGAAAAUGUGGUGAUUCUGAAGGACGAGGAAGGCAAUGAGACCUACAUCAACGCCUCCAAGAUCACCGACAGCGACCCCAGACAAGCGGCUUAUAUCGCAGCGCAGGCGCCACUCGAGAACACGGUAGUCGACUUCUGGCAGUGCAUCUGGAGCGAGGGAACCACAUUGUUGGUGAAUCUGUGCGGUCAAGAGGACCAGAAGAAGUAUCAGCGGUACUGGCCGGACGAAGGAGCCAAGACCUACGGGAUUUAUGAGGUGAGAGGGGAUUUGAGACGACUGCACUGUGCAAUCAAAAAGUUUUUUUGAUUGCACAGUGCAGGAAGUAGAUUGGUAUCUAAACUAAGAUUCACUUGGUGUAGUAGGACUAGAAAAGGGAUCUGGCCAAUUUUUGGGCCAAUCACUUUCCACUGCACCGUGCAAUAAACGCUAAAAUUUCUCUGCACUGUGCAAUCAAAAGUUUUGACAUUUGCACAGUGCAGAAGAAAAAUUAGUACCUAAAAUAGACUCCACCUGCCUUCUAAUCUAUUUUCGAGUAAAUUCGAGAAUAGUUAUCGUCAUGCCAUCCUAUGCCAACCCCAGAUUAAGAGUGCAAAUUGACUGCACCGUGCAGUUUCGAACUUUACUUUACUGCACGGUGCGAACAAUCAGACUAUGAAAUUUCCACAUCAUCACGGAAAAAAUGGUUGUUUACACCCGAAAUUUCAUGUCCGGAAGCAAUCUCUCAUUCCUCUCGCUAAUGUAAUCAAAUUUAAAUUCCGAAGCACGCAAGGGAAGUGAGGUCAUUUUGUCAUGAGAUUGCGGAACGUUCAUGGGUCAAAAAAUAAAAAAUGAUACUUAUAGUAAAAGAUUACUGUAAGGAUCAUUGUAUAACCAUUAUAUACUGUUAUCAAAAUUCUAGGCCAAAAUUUUGAGAACUCGCCAAAAUAUGAAUAUCAGACGUCAUGGAUAAUAUAAAAAGUCAAAGAUAUGAUUCUAAUCUCCCCAAUUUCCAGGUUCACCUGGUCUCGGAGCACAUUUGGAGCGAGGACUACAUGGUGCGCUCCUUCUACCUGAAGAACACCGUGACCAACGAGACGCGCACCGUCACGCAGUUCCACUACCUGGCCUGGCCCGAGGACGGCUGUCCGAGCGUGAAGUCGGUGCUGGAGUUCCGCCGCAAAGUCAACAAGUCCUACCGGGGUCGGCAGUCCGCCAUCCUGGUCCACUGCACCACCGGCACCAAACGAACUGGCACCUACUGCCUGCUGGACAUGGUCAUCAACCGCAUCACCAAGGGCAUCAAGGAGCUGAAUAUCGCCGGAUCCCUGGAGUUCUUGCGCGACCAACGCCAAGGCAUGGUGGGGAAUGCGGAGCAGUACAAGCUGGUGUUCGCGUGCGUGGCGGAAGAGGUCAGCGCGCUGCUGAAGAACCUCCAACAAUGA